AUGAAUCCAAGGCAAUCCCUACAUUCAGCUUUUGGACUUUUAUCAGAAUCAAGGACAGCUAUGCUCUUAAGGUGGCAUCAUGAGGACAGCAGAGAAGACGAUGGGCACCUGGAAUGCCAUGAAGGGGAUGAAGAGGGCCAACAACACAAGCUGACCCCAUUUGAGAAAUUAAUGCAGGAUAUGUCUCAUAAUGAAAAAGUGGUGAAAGAAUUAACCCUUGGAAAAAGAAUUGCCUUCUAUCGAGUCAGAGGAGAAAUAGGAAGUGGGAAUUUCUCACAAGUAAAGCUUGGAAUUCAUUCCCUAACCAAAGAGAAAGUUGCAAUAAAGAUUUUGGAUAAGACAAAGCUAGACCGGAAGACUCAACGUUUGCUGUCUCGUGAGAUAUCCAGCAUGGAAAAGCUGCACCACCCAAAUAUCAUCAGGCUGUAUGAAGUGGUGGAGACGCUCUCAAAACUGCACCUGGUGAUGGAGUAUGCAGGAGGUGGGGAGCUCUUCACUAAAAUUAGUACAGAAGGAAAACUGCUAGAAACAGAGUGUAAAAUAAUCUUCUCCCAGAUUGUGUCUGCUGUGAAGCACAUGCAUGACAAUAAUAUCAUUCACAGGGACCUGAAAGCAGAAAAUGUAUUCUAUGCCAGUAACACCUGCGUUAAGGUGGGAGACUUUGGAUUCAGCACAGUAAGUAGAAGAGAUGAAACUUUAAAAACUUUCUGUGGCUCUCCUCCUUAUGCCGCUCCUGAGCUCUUCCGAGAUGAAAACUAUAUCGGCAUUUAUGUAGACAUCUGGGCACUGGGAAUCCUCUUAUACUUCAUGAUGACAGGUAGCAUGCCAUUCCGGGCAGAUACAGUAGGCAAACUGAAAAAGUGCAUUCUUGAAGGGACAUACACUUUGCCUGCCUGCCUCUCAGAAAAUUGCCAGAAACUGAUUAAAGGAGUCCUUCAGCCAGUACCAACCAAGCGAUACUCUGUCAAACUGAUUAUGAACAGUGAGUGGAUGCAAGGAAUACAGUUCCCCAAACCUUUACAGACAUUUAGACUGGAUCCAAAGUAUUUAUCAGACAUCAGUACACUCAAAGAAGAAGAAAUUGAAGUGAAAAAUAUUCUGGAAGAUCUGGGCAUCACAGAACAGCACAUUCAAAACAACCGGGGAAGAGAUGCACGCAGCUCCAUAACGGGAGUCUACAGAAUUGUGCUGCACAGAGUACAGAAGAAAAGGGCACUGGAAUCUGUUCCUAUUAUGUCCCAGCCAGAUCCAAAAGAAGAAGACUCAGGGAAUGCCACUUCUUACGGUGGCAUUAAACACACAUCCAAGCUGUGUUCUAUUUUAUAA